GACAUAGGCGGAAAACAAGGGAGGGAAAGACGAUUCAAAUUUAUCCGCGUUCAAGAAGUUCUGCAAGACAGCACAAGGCAAGCUGCUGUUCAAAUAUUCAAGAUGCCAUCUCGAAAAAGCGAAUCACUAGUUUCCUCUAUGAUCUCUGGCAUAAAUAUUGCCCUGGCGCAGCUGGAAGACCUAUGGGAUAGCAUGGGCAUCGUGGAGGAACAAAGAUUGGAACGGGUGUUGACCGUGAAGACGUACAUGGAGGACCUUUUGAGGCGGAUGAUCGAGGAAGAGGAGGCAUGUAGGAGUCGACUAAAGGCGAACAUAGUGACCUCCCAGAAGCAGGUGGCGGAGUUGUGUGCGGAGUUGAUGGAAACGCCUUGUGAGAUGGAAGAUGGCUUGAGCAUUCUGCAGCUGGAGAAGGAGCUCCGGUGUCGGCUGGAGGCGCUGACUGCUGAGAAGAACAGCCGCAUGUCAGACCUGGAGACCCUUAAGCAGGAGGAUGAGAUGCUGUGCAUGCAGCUGUGCUCCACGCCACACUACGUGCCCUCCAACGUCGUUCCCUCUCGCGCGCAGCUUAAGGCACUACAAGAGCACGUGGCGGAGCUCACAGCUGAAAAGGCCACUAGGCUAGCAGUGUCCACAGCCCUUAGGAAGGACGUGGCCCUCCUGGGCCGUGAGAUCGGCCAUGACCCAGACACCAGCCUGGAGAGGGACGCCCUGAGUGACGACCCAGAGGUCUUCCUUUUGACUCACGACAACAUCAGGGCUCUUCAGGAGCUAAUAGGAAAGCUGGAACUGAAGAAGAGGUCGCUGAUCUCCACGCGUGACAAGCUGAAGGAGCGGGCCAUGAGCCUCUGGAACCGCCUGGACUGCCCCGAGAAGGACGGAGGCUUCCCUCUAGACACUCAGGGGACCCUCACCGAUGACAUCUCAAGGUGGAAGGUGGAGGUGGAGCGCCUGGAGGAGUUACAGAAGGCUCAGCUGGAGAGGGUCAUCAGCAAGGCCCGGGUGGAGCUGGUGGACAUGUGGGAGAAAUGUCUGUUCGGCCCAGAGCAGAGGCAGCCCUUCAGCACACACCUCUACGAUGCUAAUUACACUGAGGAGCUUCUACUGGUGCAUGACGCUGAGCUGGUCAAGCUGAGGGACUAUCAAGAGCAGGCACGCCCCCUGCUGGACAACCUGGAGAAGUGGGAGAAGAACUGGACCCUCUUCCAGGAUUUUGAGAGGAAGGCAUCUGAUCCUAGUCGCUUCUCCAACAGAGGAGGGGCUUUGCUGAAGGAGACAAAAGAGCGGGCUAAAGUCCAGAGGAUGCUCCCCAAGCUCGAGGAGGAGAUGAAAGGAGCUGCUGAGGCCUGGCAGAGGACUCACGGCACUGCGUUUCUGGUCCGUGGGCAGAAGCUCAUGGAGUACAUCAGCGGCCAGAGGGAGGAGUACAAGCUGCAGAAGGAGAAGGAGAAGAGCGAGCGGAUGAAGAAGACUGACAAUGCGAACAAGAAGGGCGAUAGCACACUUUUUAAGACUCCCACCAAAAGAGCCAUGAUGAGUACCUCUACCUCAGCCACCCCCAACAAGGUGGUCAAAAAGACACCGAACCAGACGCUGGCGAUCACUCCCAAUCAGACGGUGGUGCGUGGAGCCGCCAUCAGCAGCACACUGACCCCCGUGCAGUUCAGCAAGCCUCCUCUAGGACCCAGCAAGGCACAUGAAAGAGCACCACUGCAAGAGUUCAACGGUGGGGAGUGUCCAGCCAUUACCUACUCAGACUUCACGAGCGAGCUGUCGAGGAAGAACAGCCAAGAGGCUGUACUCAACAGCACCGUGUGCCUGGACCUGGAGAGGGGAGCCAAGUGAACAGAGGUCAAGCGUUACCCAGGAGUGGGACUUUAAUAAACCGCCAGUGUCUUACUCUUAACUGUAUAUUGUUGACAUAAAGGAUUGAUGUGUACAGUAUGGAGAGGGGCUACCCUUUUGCAGUUGGCCAGGGGCAUAUUCCAAAACAAAAAAAUAUAGUGUGGCACCUAACCUGGAUAGAUGGUCAUCUAAUAGAGUGCUUUUGAAUUUUGUCCUUCAAUCAAAACAGAGUCGCAGGUCUCAUGUAUUACUAGAUUUAUCUUAUUUAACUAGAUCUAGUUAGAGACUAAACCUGCUUUUUAAAAAAUAUAUGCCCCCGGACUCCUGCUCUUUGCAACAAAAUGUACAAACGAGGUAGAGCACCAAAGAUAAGGGAAUAUCAUUGCUGUAUGACCACAUACUUCCUGACUGAUUUGAACUGCAACAUUUUUGUGAUGUGUUAUUUUGUAGGGGUUUACAUGCAAGGACCAUUAAGAAGGGCCCUGUUGUUACCUCAAAUGAUGCAUGCUGUUUGCUAUUGUAAUGCACUUUUCUUCUUUCUAUUUCUUUCUCUGCCUGUCUUCGCUCAACACUUUGUUUUUGACCACACCUGCGCUUGUCUAGUAUGUUUGUCUUUUUGCUUCCCUGUUAGUCUGUGUACAUAUUUAACUUCUCAUGAACUGUUACAAACUUGGUGGGGUGGGGAAAGAAAUAUCAUAUUAUUUUUUCAAGAAACGUCAAUACAGGUUUUACUAUUCUAAUGCAAAUGAACAAAUAAAUGUGUAUAUUUUAACAAAGUACAUGUUUAUCGUUUUUC